GAUACCGCCAUCUUUUUUUCGCGCAAUGAUUUCUGGGAAGGGCCAGGGGGCAAAUCGCCGUGGGGGGGAUUCAGCGAGCGCGGUGUCCUUACGCCAUCUUUCGACAUUCACGCGAGUAGCAGCACCUCAAUUUGCCGACAACCGAAAGUGCUAUCAAGCAGAUGGGUGGGGGAGAUCACUGCGCAGUGUAUGGCUGCAACAACGAUAGAAGGUACCCUGAAAGGUAUGUGUUGAAGCCACAUGUCAAAACCCUACGGUUUUAUGGAUGCCCCAAGGAGCUAAGACAUAAGUGGACAAAACUGAUCAACAGGGAAAGGUUCAAGGUGACAUCAUCUACCCGGGUUUGCAGCAACCACUUCAAGGAGGGGAAGAAAACUGUUACCAACCCACUUCCUACACUUUAUCUCAAGGGUUUAGAAAAGAAAGCUGGAAAGCGACGGGAGGUCGUAAAGCAUGACCUGCCCUCUAAGUCUAAGAAGCCAAAGGUUGAAAGUUCAAAUGAAUACUUUGUUGAUGAUCAUUCUUAUGCUUGUAUGCAACCAUGUCCUGAUAAGUCGCUUGACGAACAUUCCUACAGUUCUAAACAUCAUGCUUCUGUGCAGCCAUGUACUAGUGUAAGUACUAGUAUGUCAGAUGAGUCGCUUGACGAACAUUCCUACAGUUCUAAACAUCAUGCUUCUGUGCAGCCAUGUACUAGUGUAAGUACUAGUAUGUCAGAUGAGUCGCUUGACGAACAUUCCUACAGUUCUAAACAUCAUGCUUCUGUGCAGCCAUGUACUAGUGUAAGUACUAGUAUGUCAGAUGAGUCGCUUGACGAACAUUCCUACAGUUCUAAACAUCAUGCUUCUGUGCAGCCAUGUACUAGUGUAAGUACUAGUAUGUCAGAUGAGUCGCUUGACGAACAUUCCUACAGUUCUAAACAUCAUGCUUCUGUGCAGCCAUGUACUAGUGUAAGUACUAGUAUGUCAGAUGAGUCGCUUGACGAACAUUCCUACAGUUCUAAACAUCAUGCUUCUGUGCAGCCAUGUACUAGUGUAAGUACUAGUAUGUCAGAUGAGUCGCUUGACGAACAUUCCUACAGUUCUAAACAUCAUGCUUCUGUGCAGCCAUGUACUAGUGUAAGUACUAGUAUGUCAGAUGAGUCGCUUGAUGAAAAAUUAAAAGAACUUGUAGAAAAACAGCAGAAGGAAAUUGAAGAGCUAAACAAGAAAGUUAAGGAACUACAACAUUUUGGAAUUCAUCAGAUUAAGGAUUCAGACAAAAAAAUGAAACUGCACACAGGGCUAGUAAACUAUGGCAAGUUCAGAUGGGUAUUCAACGAAGUCAAAGACAACCUCUCUCAGUUACAAUACUACAAAGGACAACAAAGUCAGUCUGAGAAGAAGUACCAGACUGCAGGCUGUAAAAAGCCUGGGCCUUCACGCCUCCUCAGCCCAGAGGAUGAGUUGUUGUUAACCCUCAUGAAGAUCAGAAUGAAUCUGCUUGAGGAUGAUUUAGCUUUACGCUUUGGAAUCAGUACAUCACUAGUGUCACGCAUCAUAUCUACAUGGGUACCGCUAUUAGGUAAAGAGUUGGCAGGCUUGGUUUACUGGCCACCUUCGGAAGCUAUUGAGCAGUACAUCCCUGAAUGCUUCAAGAAAUGGCCACGCAUUCGUGCCAUUCUUGACUGUACGGAAAUCCCCGUUCAGAGACCAUCCUUGGCUAAGGCAAAUUCACAAAUCUACAGCAACUACAAAAGUAGACCUACUGCGAAAACUUUGGUAGCGUGUACACCGGGUGGGACAGUUUCAUUUGUAUCAGCUUCAGCAGGAGGGUCUAUGUCAGACAAGAGACUUGUUGAAAGGUCAUCGAUUAUUGAUAAGUUUGCUGUGGGGGAUGUUUGUAUGGCCGAUAGAGGCUUCAACAUUCAGGACUUAUUGGCAGUCAAGGGGGUACAGCUGGUCAUACCACCGUUCCUGCGCAAGGGGAAACCACAACUCUCAGUAAAAGACAAUAUCAAGACGAAGCAUGUAGCUAGUGCCCGUAUACAUAUUGAAAGGGUAAUCGGUCGCAUGAAAGAAUUCCGUAUACUAUCCAGUGAGUACCCACUAGACAUGCUAGACAUUCUGGACAAUGUGUUGAUCAUAUGUGCUGCACUUGUGAAUCUACAGCCGCCCUUAGUACCUCUGAAGUAAGAUGAAGAGCAUGCAUUAAAAAGGAUUUGAAGGAAAACAACUUAUUGGUGCAUGUAGAAUGUAGAAUCCUAGU